AAGCCCAUAUAUAAGGAAAGGAAACGAGUCAUGCGAAAAACCCUAAAGCUAGCAUCGGGUAGUUGGAGGAUUGGCGCCGUGUUUGUUUCAAUUGCAUCACUCAUCCCAAUUUCUCGUAUCUACUAGGGAUUUACUGGUCGAAGAUGAAGUUCAACAUAGCUUGCCCCACUACGGGCUGCCAGAAGAAGCUUGAGGUCGAUGACGAUCAGAAACUGCGAGCCUUUUUUGACAAAAGGAUCUCUCAGGAAGUUAGUGGUGAUUCUCUUGGAGAGGAGUUUAAGGGUUAUGUUUUCAAAAUCAUGGGAGGCUGUGACAAGCAAGGGUUUCCAAUGAAGCAGGGAGUCUUGACCCCUGGUCGUGUUCGCCUCUUGCUUCACAGAGGAACCCCUUGCUUCCGUGGUUUUGGAAGGCGUACUGGAGAGCGGAGGAGGAAGUCCGUACGUGGUUGCAUAGUCAGCCAGGAUCUGUCUGUGUUGAACUUGGUGAUUGUGAAGAAGGGGGAGCAUGAUCUCCCAGGUUUGACCGACACAGAAAAGCCUAGAAUGAGAGGUCCCAAAAGGGCAUCAAAGAUCCGUAAACUCUUCAAUCUAUCCAAGGAUGAUGAUGUGCGCAAGUAUGUCAACACCUACCGCAGAAAUUUUACAACAAAAUCUGGGAAAAAGGCUAGUAAAGCUCCUAAGAUUCAGAGGUUGGUCACUCCAUUGACCUUGCAGAGGAAGCGUUUGAGGAUUUCUGAAAAGAAGCAGCGCGUCGCUAAGUCCAAGGCUGAUGCUGCUGAGUACCAGAAGCUUCUGGCCUCCAGAUUGAAGGAGCAAAGAGAGCGACGUAGUGAGAGUUUGGCCAAGAAAAGGUCUAGGCUCUCUGCAGCAACCAAGUCAGUUUCAGCUUAGUGAACAAACCCCUCGUAAUUUGGUUAGUUUUGUUUUAUUUUGUUAAAAUUACUUGAUUGGGAUUUUGUUCUAGAGAACAACAAUAUUUGAGAACUGCAUGCGUAGCUGCUGCAUCUUCAAUUAAAAUGUGACGGGUAAUUCGUGUAUGUUAUUUUGUUUUCUCUAUUUUUAUUGGACUUGAAUCUUUCUAAUACUAAGUUAGGAAUAAGUGGUUUUUAUUUA